AUGGUAGAGAACUUAGCAGCCUCCUAUAUUGCUAUGAAAUUGGAGAAUAAAAUUUUGUAGGCCCAAGUGAAGUGGCUGAUGAAAGAAAAUGUUGCCCCACAGGCCCAGAUCUUAGAUUUCCAGAUGCCCCAAACAGUCAAGGAGACCCGACCACUCCAGAAUAUCUCAGAGUCCCAGGAACCCCAGAAACCUCUAGAAAACCUAGAUCUCCCUCAAGCCUGGAAGUACCAAGAACUCACAGAAGUUGAGGCCCCAGAACCCCAGGGACUUCCAGACUGGAAGCCCCCAGCAGCCCAGGAACACCAGGAAAUGCCAAUGGAGGCCCAGGAGCCCCCAGAUACUCAAGAUGCCCUGAUGCCCAAGAAGCCCCAGAAUUCAGAGCACCAGGAUCUUCCAAGUGCCCAGGAGACACAGGAUGCAACAGAAUGCCAGGAGACCCCAACAAACCUAGAACACCUUAACUUCCAACUCUUCAGGAGUCUGGAAACUGGAAUGCCCCACCAGCCUCUGGAUCCUUUAGAUGCCCAGGACUUCCUACAGCCCUCCCUGGAGGGCCUAAUAGUUGCUUUGACAUCAGCAGCUUCAGAGUUCCCACAAUCUCCCAGUGGGUUAGAGGGUGAAGCUGUCUUCCUAGAAUACUGUUUAGCCUUCAGUGGAGAUUACCAGAAACUUGCUGAGUUCCUGGUUCAAUUAAAUAGUUACAUGAGAGUCAGAGGGCACCUGUAUCCUACUAAAGCAAGUGUGGUGAGCUUUGUUGGCAAUUGAUUCUCAGGUGAGGCAAGAAUGUGUUUUUAAGCCUUUAGUAUAUAUCUAAAGUGUGCCCUGCUGGAGCAAUAUGAAAGUUUCAUAGAAGUGUUCCAGGAUACUUUUGACAGUCCAGAAAACAUGGAAGAUGCUAGUCGCUGCAUUUGUCAGCUUUGCCAAGGGGAGGGUCCUGUCCACCAGCGUGUGACCCACUUCCAUCUUGCUCAAGAACUAAACUGGAAUGAAAGCAUUCUCUGCAUCCAAUUUCAGGAAGGCCUUGCCAGUUCUGUCCCAGAUGAUCUGUCUUACACCAGCCCAGCAGCCACCAACCUAUCCGAUCUGAUCAUUCAGUGCCUAGAAGAGAAGCUAAGUGGCAAGCCUGAUCUAAAUCCACAAGGAGCAAGUCCCUAUAAGGAGAUAACUGGACCUGAGUGUUCACUAGCUGAAAACCAGCCUGUGCAGGCUGCAAGCAAUAACCCACAUCUCACUGAAGCUGAACAUGCCCACUGCUGUGAAGGCCUCUUGUGCCUCUACUAUGGUCAUCCUGGUCAUUUUGACAGAGAUUUUUCUGUCAAGCCUCAUCGUGCAUAGUAGGUGGGAAACAUCAAGACCCUACAGUAA